GCGGCGGCGGCGUUAGCAGUGGGGGCGUACACGGGAGCGAGUUCGCGGCCGGGAGCGGGAAUGUCGAGGAGCUCGAAGGCGGUGCUGGGCCUCUCGGUGCUGCUGACGGCAGCCACGGUGGCCGGCGUGCAUUUGAAGCAGCGGCAGGACCGGCAGAGGCUUCGUGACGGAGUGAUCAGAGACAUUGAGAGACAGAAUCAGAAAAAAGAAAACAUUCGUCUUUUGGGAGAACAGAUUAUUUUGACUAAGCAACUUGAAGCAGAAAGAGAGAAGAUGUUGGAAAGAGGAUCUCAAAACACUUGACUU